AUGCUGAGCCUCAAGCUACCCCGCUUGCUCAGCAUCAACCAAGUGCCUAAGGGGUACCGGGAGCAGGGGAUCCUCUUUGGCUAUCGCCCCCCGCGCAGCUCAGCAGCAGACUGCCUCCUCAGCGCCUUCCAAAUGACCAACGAGACCUUAAACAUCUGGACUCAUUUUGUGCCUGCCUGGUACUUCGUGUGGACGCUGGUGGGGCGGCUGCGGGGGCCGGGGGGCCGGGAGGACCCCCACACCUGGCCUCUCCUCGCCUACCUGCUCACCUGCUGCAUCUACCCCCUCGCCUCCAGCUGCGCCCACACCUUCAGCACCAUGUCCACCCGCGCCCGGCACAUCUGCUACUUCUUCGAUUACGCUGCCCUCAGCAUCUACAGCUUGGGCUCCGCGCUGGCGUACUCGGCGUACGUUUUCCCAGCAGAAUGGGUCAACAGCACUUUCCACCACUGCUACGUCCCCAUCGCCGUGUUCAACACCGUCGUCAGCACCAGUCUGUCCUGCUAUUCCAGGUUUCUGGAGGUGGAGCGGCCCAGGUUCAGCAAGGCUUUCCGCACCCUGGCCUUUGCGUACCCGUACCUCUUCGACAGCAUCCCCCUCUUCUACAGG